AUGUCGAGUGCUGGCGUUUUAACGCAACUCGUCACUGAGACAUUGUCCUUGAAUGCAGAGCAAGAGUGGGAGGAUGUCUCUAUCUUCACUCCCUUUUUGAGUUGGUUUUUCGAUUGGGAGUUGAGAAAAAAAAUAGAAAAAAGGCUUUUUGUUAUCAACCAAAGUUACAAAAGAAACCUUUGUAAAGUUUUUUUUUUUCGGAUGUCAUCAUUUUCAUAUUUCAUUUUUUUAGAGAAGCAUGUCCAUAAAAAGUAUCUAGGCGACAGUCCUUUUUUUUUUUAAUUGUCUUCUGAAGUCCUUAAUGAUUUUUUUUUCCAUUAUUUUUCGAAACUUUAGUGCUCAUUCUACACUAAUCGUAAUGAAAUCGAAUUCUCCCAGAUGAUCAAGCCCUUUUGUACGACUAUGCCGAUUGUUUGGCAGUGCAGACGUUUCUUCGGAUGGCUCAGCUUCCCUUCAAUGUCCGGCAACGGCCAAACGCCGAGUUUAUCUCUCCCAACGGUAGAUUUCAUUAUUAAAACCUCAUUUAAAAGAACAUCUUCAACAAAAAAAGAUAUUUGCAUUCAAGGGCAAACAAAUUUCCUUUAUUUGAAGGUAUCGUCCCUGUCCUGAAAAUCAGCAAAACUUUGAUCAGUGGAUUCGGACCUAUCGUCGACUUUGUCUACAAAAAGGUUAAUUCGAAUGAAUUAUUUUUCAAGGUGGGAUUAUUGAAGGGCGUCUCUUUGACUUCGCACCUGAGUGAAACGCAACUCGCCGACAUGAAAGCUCACAUGUCUCUGGUUGAUCAUCUUCUUCGGCACGUUGAGGUAAACUUAAUGUGAAAAAAGAGCUAAAAUUUAUACCAAAAGACACAUAAGAAAUCGUUUCGAUAACUUUUUGUGAAUAUUCAGUCUUCAAAACGCUCUUUUCCUGAUUGUUUUACUGUUUCUUGAGAGUUUAAAAAGAACUAGGUUUAUUAGACUUCUAUUGUAUUUAUAGACCCUUAUUUAUUUAUUUUUCUUUCAUACUUAUUGUCUUCUAAUACCGAUUGCAUGGGGAAAGCUUUUGGAGUAAUCAAAGAACAGUUUGUUAAAGAAGAUUUGUUGAUUUUAGCUUAUUUCUGAGAGUAAUUAGAAAUUUUUAAGCUCUAUGUCGUUUGGAAGCACGAUGAAACGUAUGGAGAAGUGACUUGCGCCCGUUACGGAUCGGUGUAUCACUGGCCGUUGAGGACUGUUUUGCCUUUCUUGAAGCGCCGCGCCGUUCUCUCAGAGCUCAGAGAUGCGGAUUGGGACUCUAAGGUGAGAUAUCGAGAAAGUUUUGUGCGGAUCUCUUCGCUCCUUUUGAGAAAAGUAUGAAUUUUAGUGUUCCCGGACUUGCAAAAAAGUUGUAGCAUUUUCUUUUUUUGCUUCGGAAAAGACUUUUUCGGAAGCUUGAAAAGUUAUUUUAAGAGGGUUUUUUUCUGAAAGUUUUGAACUAUCUUCUAUCUCUUUUUAAACUUAACUUUAACUGUGUUAACUAUGCUUCAUACUCAAAAGACCCUAUCAUGAAUGAAUAUUGUUCGUUUCUCAAGAACGCAUUUAUUCUCAGCUUUUGUUGUGCUUCAGACGCUGGACGACGUGAGCGAAGCGGCGGACAAGGCGUUCCGUUCUUUGUCGUCGCUGCUGUCGACGAAGAAGUACGUGAUGGGCGACAUGCCGACAGAGGCCGACGCCCUUCUCUUCGGCCAUCUCUACACGAUCAUCACCAUGCGGCUGCCCCUCACCAACCUCACCAAUGUCCUCAAAAGAUACCCCAACCUUUUUGACUUCACCAAACGCAUCGAAGCCGAGUAUUUCAAACAGUAG